AAAUAAAUGGGAAAAUAUCUAAUCAGAAUAAUACCAAUACUCUGUAUGAGAAACAGAGAAAAACGAUGUGCGAGUGAUUGAGAGGAAGGAAACCCCAGGAGGAGUCUGGUUGGAAACAAGCCGAAAAAGAGAGAGACAUGCAGAUGAGAGAGAAAAUGAGAAAGCUUCGGUUUAAGUUGUGCAGCGCCAUAUCCCCUCCCUUGUUUUCUCUCUCAUUAAUAAGAGCCUGACGUCUCUGGGCUUCCAAACAAGCGCUUCAGUUGGACUCUCUCUCUAUCUCAUCUGAAUUUUUGUUGGGGUAAUGCAAUUUUGUCCAUGAAAGUCUGUGUUUUUUGAUUGGAGCAUGUAGCCGCUGUGCUUGUUUUAUGAAAUGAUGCUCUCUUUGAGGGACUUUUGGAGGAGACAUAGAAGAAAGGUUUUUGUCACAGUGGGGAUUGUAGGAAGUGGGUAUGCUUUUUAUAGGCUUUAUUUUGCUCAUAAAGAGAGGCUUGAUGCUCUAGAGAGAGAAUUUGAAGGCCAAAGAGAAGCAGAUGAACACAUCAAGGCCCAGUUGCAGCUCCAUUUCGAAAAUAUUCAGAGAAUUUCUGAUUCCGCAACUCUACCUUAUGUGCUGCGUAAUUUGAGGUCUCGCCUUUUUGAAGAGUUGGACUUUUCUCAGUUGAUGGAGAGAUUGAUGCAUGGGAAGGGGCAACCCAAUAUUCUCACUUCUCAGGAAAAGCUCGAAUUAUGGGAAAGACUCAAAAUUCUUAGUUUCACAAGAACAGCAUCAUCACUUUGGGCAACGACCAUACUUAACUUAUAUAUAAGAGUUCAAGUCAAUAUCUUAGGGAGACAUCUCUACGUUGAUACGGCUCGCGGUCUCGAGAUUUCAUUUUCACAGGAUGAAGCUGAACCUCUUGAUAGGCUUGGGCAGCAUGAAUUCUUAGCGUCUGCUAAUUACCUCUCAGAUUGCAACAUCAGUUCUUUGAUUCUCGACAUGCAAAGUGCUGCUACGGAUAUCCUCAAGGAAAAGCAUCUUAGGGACCCUUUCACCAUGGCCGACUUGCACGAUACAUUUGCCAGGAUGCUACAGUCCUUUAUGAGUGGGCCCCAUCAUUGGGUUAAUUAUAUUGUUCCUGAGACUGCCUCUGCAUAUAAAGAGCUCACCCCAGCAUCCUCUCAUAUUGGUGAAUCUUUACAUCCAAGUGCCACUGGCAAACUGGAACAGCUAGUGGUGGAGACACGUGCUGUGUUGGCGAGUGAUGAUUUUUCUAGGGUGGCAGAGAUAGCAUUGAAGAAUGUUACAGAUGGUGUGAUGGAGGAGGUGAGACCGCACUUUGAUGGUGGCUCAUCGAAUGGAAUUCCUCUUGCAAAGAUUUUGGCCAGAGUUGCGCAGUUGAGCUCAGACUUGCUUGAGGAGCCAAGCAGAAAUAGGUACAUUCAUAUCAUCAGAAGUUUACCUGAGGUCGAAUUGUUUUACAGGCUUCUAUAUGCUAACAUGCCUCUUGCACCAUAGCAUUGAACUUUUUAUUUUUAUUUUUAUUUUUUUGCAUGAUGAGCUUUGAAUAAUAUUCAGACACAUUGCGAUUAUAGUGGAUUUUGUUAGAAUAAUUUUGUCAAGAGUUCUUGUAUGGAGUUCUUCAUUGCUUGAAGAUUCGGAUUUUUUAUUGA